GGUUAUGAAUAUGUCGUGAUAAUAAUGCGCGCUGGUUUGUCAGGUUAUUAUUGUCAUUGCACGUUCAGAAAUUUAUCAAAGCAUUUUUACAAUUUGUUAAAGUAAUAAAGAUAAUGGUUUCCUGAUAAGGACCAAGCGACCAGUCCAGAGUGCCAAAUGCAAGUCUCAUAGAGGGCAAACUGGAAUUGGAGAUGGAAGAAAUGCAUUUCACAACCCACUUUUGGAGGCCUCGAUCAUACUAACCUCAGUCUGAACUGCCGUUUCCAGCACCACGGACAGCGACCAUGAACAGGUUACGCAGAAAAGCGUGUGUGGCUCUUCUAUUGUUCACUUUGUUCAUUUUUGGUACUAUGAUGGGCCUACGAACCCUCAAACCCACUGAUGGCUUCUCGGAUCUUGCUCCAGGAAUGGAGUUGAUGCCUUUGAUUGGAGAGCGAAUGGACCAGAGACCCAAUCAAGUAGUUGAAUCAGCAGGUCAAAAUGGUGGUGGGGGCAGUGACACCAAGAUAGUGUUUUCCAACUCCGGUCCCGACCACAACAUAUUCUAUGACAUUCACAUCUUCUAUUAUUUAUGGUAUGGCUCGCCACAGAUGGACGGUAGUUAUAUACACUGGGACCAUGUACUGGUACCACACUGGGACCCCAAAAUAGCUGCCAGUCACCCAAAAGGACGACACAAUCCUCCAGACGACAUUGCGUCCAGUUAUUACCCUGAACUGGGACCCUACAGCUCCAGAGAUCCAGAUGUCAUUGAAUCCCACAUGGCACAAAUCGAAGCGGCGGCUGCAGGUGUGGUGGUCCUGUCCUGGUACCCUCCUGAUGUGGCAGAUGAACAUGGCAAACCCACAGAGGAUGUAGUGCCAGCUGUAAUGGAUGCUGCCCAUAGACACAGUAUCAAGGUUGCGUUUCACCUGCAGCCCUACAAAGGCCGGACAGACCUCACUGUGCACGACAACAUCAAAUACAUCAUAGACAAAUACGGGAAACACAGGGCUUUCUACAGGUUCAAGUCCAGCACUGGGAAGAUCCUUCCGCUCUUUUAUGUGUACGACUCCUACCUUACCCCACCGGAGGCCUGGGCUGAGCUGCUGACCGUCAGAGGCUCUCACAGUCUCCGAGGAACUCCUUACGAUGGCAUCUUCAUGGCCCUCAUUGUGGAAGAGCGUCACAAGCAGGACAUCCUGGCUGGCGGGUUCGACGGCAUGUACACCUACUUUGCUUCGAAUGGCUUUUCCUUUGGAUCUUCUCACCAGAACUGGAAAGCGAUCAAAGCAUUUUGCGACAAGAACAACUUGCUGUUUGUGCCUAGUGCUGGACCUGGUUAUAUGGACACCGCCGUCCGGCCGUGGAACAACCACAACACACGCAACAGAGUGAAUGGACGAUAUUACGAGACCUCUUUGCAGGCAGCGAUGUCCGUAAGGCCUGAUAUCAUCACAGUAACGUCAUUUAAUGAGUGGCAUGAAGGAACUCAGAUUGAGAGGGCCGUGCCUAAGAAGACUGUGGCCCGUCUGUAUUUGGACUACAAACCCCAUCAGCCAGACCACUAUCUGGAGCUCACCAGGAAGUGGGCAGAACAUUUCAGUAAGGAGAAAGAGCAGUGGCUUAUGUGAUUGGAACUAGUAACGUCUCACCAUUGUUGAGUUUUGGGUUUAGAAUGUUUUCAUAUGUUAUUGACGUUAUCAAUGUUACCGAUUACUGUCUUUCAAUUUAUGCAUACAUUUUAAAGGCAGCUAAUUAGCAAGGAUGAGCCACCUUCUUGCUCUCUUACUCGGCCUAUUGAUAAACAGUUGAUUUACUGUUGCAGACAGAUUUCUUUGAAGAAUCUUUAUAAUGUUUAAAAAAAAACAAUGAAUGAGAUCUGUCCAAAAAUGAAAUUUGUGUUUUGCAUUUGUCCGUUCUCAUUCAGUCAAGUGCAUAUUCAUACAUGGGACAUCACGAACAGCCCAAAACAUGUGAGAACCAAUGCUGUUUGCCAUCGCUGACAUCAAACCUGGCACGAAAUGUCUUGAUGUGCCAUAUUUGAGCGGAUAUGACUGUAAACACAAAGUUAGUGCACAGUUAGUAUGCCUUAAUGGAUUUUAUGUUAUUAAUUUUUUUCUCUCUCUUGUUUUAUUUUGUCAUUUUUGGACCUAAGCAGCAUCUAUCCUCAUUCCCUAUCAUUAUAUGGAGAAGAGAAGCGUGAACAUUGUGCUAUAUGCCUCCUUUUGUAUUCCAAGUGUGGAUUGGAAGUACAUAGUCUGAGUGAAUUUGGUAUUUUAGCUAUUCUUUUAACAUUAGGCAUUGAAUCUGACUUCUGCUAGCAGCAACAGUGUGGCCUCAGUAUUGAAAGACUAUACCUUUAUUGUGUGUUUGGAUGACAUAUAUAAAUGGUUGGUGGUUGUGGAUAUAGAUUGUUUGAGUAAUGGCUGAUUUAUUAUCUUAUUUAGUAAAUCCUAAUUAUGCAUAUUGUAACUC